UUUUUUUUCUUUUUUUUUUUGUUUACAGUAACUGUGAUAGAAGUUAUUUGACAUAGUUAAUUCCUCUGACUAAGUAGAUUUUUCAAAUACCUUUUGGAACAAAACUGUCAGCUGAAUUUACUGUAACCAAAAUGUAUAUAUGUAUGCUAUGAAAUGUCAUAUUUUUGUAUACGGUGGUUCUUAGAUUAUGACAUUUCAAUUUAAAUGUAGGCAUAUUUAUUGAAAAGGUACAUUUUUAGUUCUGAUAUUUCAGCUAGAAGCUUUAAUUUGUUGGGAGCUUGUUAAUUUUGAGAUUGCUAUUGCCACUGCUGCUUUAUUAAUAGUAUGGUUGCUCAUACUUCUCAGGCAUUUCAUUGUCGUAGGGGGAAAGCAUACUUGUUUAGUAAUGCAUAUAACAUCACAAUGGGACCAAACGAGGAGAGGAUGAUGUCAUCCGGAAUGCACACUGUGGCGGAUAUAUUUUGCUGCUGUUGCGGGCAAAUCGUUGGCUGGAAAUACGAGGCUGCUCAUGAAAUGAGCCAGAAAUACAAAGAAGGGAAAUUUGUUCUCGAACGGGGGAGGAUAUUGGAUGGAGUCGACUCGGACUUUUAUAUCGAUACUCGUGCGAGCAGCAGUGAUGCUGAAGAUGCAUAGAUGUUUGAUGAUUUUCGUGUACUUUUUACAAUUUGCUGUAAAUAUGAAAUGUAAGAAGCUCUGUAUUUGUGCUUGGAUGUUAAGGAUAGUAUAUGUUAGUUUGAGACUUUAGAUAUCAUGUGCUUUAGAUAUCAUGCUCGGUAUUUGCUCUAAAUUAUGGAUCUUCUAAACUUUGAGAGAGAUGCACUUUUACUUUGUUUCAAAUAUUAGGCAGUAGUCUAAAAUGCUGUAAUAGUUAGCAGCAGAUUGAGGUAGAUCCUAGUGUUGUAAUCCAACGAACCGAGCUUGGGUAUUUUGAGCUCGUUUUCGAUUAUUGUUCAUGUUUGUUCGUUUAUUUUUCGAGC